CCGCCGCCGCCGCCGCCGCCGCGGCUUCAGCACCAGCGCCCGGACAGCGGCGCCGCCCACGGGCAUGGACGGUGCUAGCUGCAGCAGUGGCAGCAGCGGUCCGGCGCCCGGCCGGGAUCCGGAAGGGGAGCAGCGGCCCGACGAGGAGCCCGCGGCCCCGGACGGCAGCUCCCCGGACAGGUCCCAGAGCAAAGCUGUGGCCUCCGAGGGGAGCCCGGAGAGAAGCUGCUCCCUCCAGAGCUGCCCCCUUGAAGACCCCUCUAGCUCUUCGGCAGCCCCACCAGCAGCUUCCAACCUCCAACCUGUGGGCCAGUCCAGCCCCUUGGCCCCUGCCCAAUUCUCCUUUCCCCGGGCACCCCAGGAAUACCGGGGGGGCAGUUCCCUGCCAGGGCUAGGGGACCGGGCGGCUCUGUGCACCCAUGGCUCCAGCCUCAGCCCUUCCCCGGAGCCGUCACAGCGCGAUGGGGCCUGGAAGCCGCCCUCGGCGCAGCAUCACGUGGUCAGCGUCAGGCAGGAACGCACCUUCCGGAUGCCAAAGAGCUACUCCCAGCUGAUCGCCGAGUGGCCGGGGGUGGUGCUGCUGCUGUGUCUGAUGGUCAUCCUUCUCUGCACCCUGGCGGGACUGCUGGCUGGCCAGCUGCCGGACUUUUCCAAGCCCUUGAUGGGUUUUGAGCCUCGGGAUACAGACAUUGGCCGCAAGCUCAUCGUCUGGAGAGCCCUGCAGGCCCUCACAGGCCCCGGGAAGCUGCUGUCCCUUUCUCCAGACUUGAUGUUAAAUAGCUCAAACCCCCAUAGCACCUUGAGUCCCACCACUGGGGGCAGCACCCAGGAGGGCCUGGUCCGGCCUCGGAGGAUGGUGGCACCCCAGGAGGGCAGAGGACAAGACAGUUUCUUCUGUGGCCCCCCUGAGAAAAGCUAUGCACAGCUGGUGUUCAUGUCCACGUCGGCGGGCAGCCUGUGGAACCUGCACGCCAUGCACUCCAUGUGCCGCAUGGAGCAGGAACAGAUCCGCUCUCACGCCCACUUCGGGGCCCUGUGCCAGCGGACAGCAGCCAACCAGUGCUGCCCCAGCUGGUCCCUGGGCAACUAUGUGGCUGUGCUCUCCAACCGCUCCUCCUGCUUGGAGACCACCGAAGGCGACGCGGCCCGCACGCUGGCCCUGCUGAGGGCCUGCGCCCUCUACUACCACCGUGGGCUCCUGACGCCCUUGUGCCUGGGGCCCGGGCAGGACAAGCCCCCACGCUGUGCCCGGCUGCCCACCAAGUGCUCCCAGAGUAGCGCCGUCUACCAGCUCCUGCACUUUCUGCUGGACAGGGACUUUCUGAGUCCCCAGACCGCCGACUACCAGGUGCCCUCCCUCCAGUACAGCCUGCUCUUCCUGCCCACCCCCAAGGGGCCUUCCAUGAUGGCCAUCUACCUGGACCGCCUGGCCUCGCCCUGGGAGCUCUCGGACAACUACACGUCCAUCACCGGCAUGGACCUGGGCCUCAAGCAGGAGCUGCUCCGGCAUUACCUGUCCCAAGACACGGUGUACCCCUUGCUGGCCCUGGCUGCCAUCUUCCUCAGCCUGGCGCUCUACCUACGCUCGCUCUUCCUCACGCUCAUGGUGCUGCUGGGGGUGCUGGGGGCCCUGCUGGUGGCCUUCUUCCUCUACCACGUGGCCUUCCGCCUGGCCUACUUCCCCUUCGUCAACCUGGCAGCCCUGGUCCUGCUCAGCGGCGUGUGCGCCAACCACACCCUGGUCUUCUUCGACCUGUGGCGCCUCAGCAAGAGCCAGCUGCCGUCGGGGGGGCUGGCGCAGCGCGUGGCGCGCACCAUGCACCACUUCGGCUACCUGCUGCUGGUGUCGGGGCUCACCACGGGCGCCGCCUUCUACGCCAGCUACCUGAGCCGCCUGCCGGCCGUGCGCUGCUUCGCGCUCUACAUGGGCACGGCCGUGCUGGCGCACCUGGCGCUCACGCUGGCCUGGCUGCCCGCGUCCGCAGUGCUCCACGAGCGCUACCUGGCCGGCGGCGGCUGCGCGGCGGGCGCGUGGCGGGGCAGCGCGCCCCGGCGGCUGGCGCUGGCGCUGGCGCGGCGGCUGCGCGGGCUGCGGCGGGCGGCGGCCGGCACGUCCCGCCUGCUCUUCCAGCGCCUGCUGCCGUGCGGCGUCAUCAAGUUCCGCUACAUCUGGGUGUGCUGGUUCGCCGCGCUGGCGGCAGGGGGCGCCUACAUCGCGGGCGUCAGCCCCCGCCUGCGGCUGCCCACGCUGCCCCCGCCCCGCGGCCAGGUCUUCCGGCCCAGCCACCCCUUCGAGCGCUUCGACGCCGAGUACCGCCAGCAGUUCCUGUUCGAGCGGCUGCCCCAGGGCGAGGGCGGCCACAUGCCCGUGGUCCUGGUGUGGGGCAUCCUGCCCGUGGACACCGGUGACCCCCUGGACCCUCGCAGCAACACCUCCCUGGUGAGUGACCCGGCCUUCUCGGUCGGCGGGCCCGAGGCGCAGCGCUGGCUGCUGGCUCUGUGCCAGGGAGCCCGGAACCAGAGCUUCUUCGGAGUCCAGCUGGAGGGCCCGGCCACGCUGUGCUUUGUGGAAGCCCUGCAGCAGUGGAUGGACAGCCCCGCCUGCGCUCGCCUGGGGCCUGGCCUCUGCUGUGGCCCCUCGGACUUCCCUUGGGCACCGCAGCUGUUCCUGCACUGCCUCAAAAUGAUGGCUUUGGAGCAAGGUGCCUCCAGCUCCCGGGACCUGGGGCCCCGUUUCGGUUCCCAGGGCAACCUGGCCGCCCUGGUCCUGCAGUUCCAGACCAACUUCCUGUACAGUGCGGACUACAACCAGGCGCACCGAUUCUACGGCGAGGUCAGCCGCUGGCUGGCCGCGGAGCUGAGCAGGGCGCCGCCCGGCCUGGGCGGCGGCUGGUUCACCAGCCGACUGGAGCUGUACAGCCUGCAGCACAGCCUGAGCACCGAGCCCGCCGUGGUCCUGGGCCUGGCCCUGGCGCUGGCCUUCGCCACCCUGCUGCUGGGCACCUGGAACGUGCCGCUCAGCCUCUUCUCCGUGGCGGCUGUGGCGGGCACGGUCCUGUUCACGGUGGGACUCCUGGUUCUCCUGGAGUGGCAGCUCAACACGGCCGAGGCCCUCUUUCUCUCAGCCUCCGUGGGCCUCUCGGUGGACUUCACCGUCAACUACUGCAUCUCCUACCACCUGUGCCCGCACCCCGACCGCCUGAGCCGCGUGGCCUUCUCCCUGCGCCAGACCAGCUGCGCCACGGCGGUGGGUGCGGCGGCGCUGUUCGCCGCAGGUGUGCUCAUGCUGCCCGCCACGGUGUUGCUUUACCGCAAGCUGGGCAUCGCACUCAUGAUGGUCAAGUGCGUCAGCUGUGGCUUUGCCAGCUUCUUCUUCCAGUCCCUCUGUUGUUUCUUCGGCCCUGAGAAGAACUGCGGGCAGAUUCUCUGGCCGUGUGCCCACCUGCCCUGGGACGCGGGGGCCGGGGAGCCAGGCGGGGAGAAGGCCAGCCGCCCUCGCCCAGGACCGGCAGGAGGGGCCCCUGGGGCCUGCUCGGAGCAGUACGAGCUGCAGCCCCUGGCACGGCGCCGGAGCCCCAGCUUUGACACCAGCACCGCCACCAGCAAACUGUCCCACCGGCCCUCGGUGCUCUCUGAGGAUCUGCAGCUGCAUGAUGGGCCCUGCUGCCCGCGGCCCCCCCUGGGCCCAGCCUCCCCCAGGGAGCUCUUCCUGGACCACCAGGCCGUGUUCAGCCAGUGCCCGGCCCUGCAAACUUCCUCCCCCUAUAAGCAGGUGGGCCCCAGCCCCCGCACCCGGCUCAGGCUGGACUCCCAGGCCCAGAGGGUCAAGGCCAUGCACGUCUCCCCCCGAGCGCCCGCCCGCUCGUCCCCACCGCCCAAGGUCGCCGAGCCGCCCGAUGGCCUCUGCUCCUCGGCCAGCACCCUGGAGGGUCUCAGCGUCUCGGAUGAGACCUGCCUCAGCACCUCCGAGCCCAGCGCCCGUGUGCCUGACUCGGUGGGGGCCUCGCCGGAGGACCUGGACGAGACGGAGCAGACGGUCCUGGAGCGGGGCCAGCUAAACAGCAAGCGGGACACUCUGUGGCUGGCGCUGAAGGAGACUGUAUACGAUCCGUCGCUGGCCCCCUCCCACCAGAGCAGCUCGUCCUGGAAAGGCCGUGGGGGCCCGGGGGACGGCAGCCCUGUGGUGCUGCCCAAUAGCCAGCCCGACCUGCCCGAUGUCUGGCUGCGCCGGCCCAGCACACACACUUCGGGCUACAGUAGCUGAGAGGCCCCGGGGCCGGGCAGGGCCACGCAGAGCUGUCAGAGACGGCAGGCGGGGGCGGGGCGCCUGGAGCUGGCUCCCCUUUGGCCGUGGAGCCUGCAGAGGCCCCGCUGGGACCCCGGCUGCUGCUUACACCCCACAUCUGGGGAUUCCAUAGAGAGAGUCUUUAGAGGGAACCCUAAGUUCCCUUGUGACCAGCCCCUCCUGUACCCUUGGGGCCCACCUCUGCAGGGGAAGCAGGAAGGGCUGAUCUGGUCCCCCUUCCCAAAAGGCACACAAGUCAGUGAGAUUGAGGAACCCACUUCCUGGGGCCGUGCCGGGGUACCUCCUAGAGCACUCUCUACCCUCGGAAACCUUAGCAGCAGCCCGGGCCUCCACUCUGGAGGGGCCCUUUAUCAGGUGAUUGCCUUUUCUUUAGGGAGUUUUUAUGGCCCAGAAUUGGGCCCUCCCAGCCCUCAACUGCCCUCCCAGCUCUCCUCUCCGCCCCACGCCCAACCACAAUCUCACUCCCAUACUCCCCAGAAAUUCAGAACUGGGCUGAGAGGGUACAGGUCAGCCACAAGCAUGCCCCUGGGGCCCAGACUCUGACACUGUCCCUUCUGAGCCCUUCAUAUACCUGCACGUCCCCUUCACAGGGCGCCCACCCUCCCCGCUCCCCCCCACCCCCAUCUCCUUGGAUCUGGCUACUUCACUGUAGGGUAACUGGCAGUUGGCCGGGUCCUUUGGACCCCAAUUUACAGGCAGAGAUGUGGAGCCUCAGUGCAGCUCCGUGAUUUAGGCCAAGUCACAGAGCUGGCAAUGACUGGGCAGGCUCCCUCCCUCACUUCACCACCCAGCUCCCACUCCUGUGGCCACUGCCACGGCCUCAAGGAUGCUGACCGCCAGAGUGGGCAGGGAGCCCUCCCCUCGGUACUGCUGGUGUCUGAGUGUCCACCCUCCUCCCUUCAGGCUUCUGUCUCCAGAGACAGCUGUGCUCAGAGCAAAACCAGCUGUGCCCCGCCUCAAAGCCUGGCCGAAGGCUUCCCCAGUGUAGGGUCAGGGCCAAGGCCAGAAGAGACAAUAGGGGGUGGCCUACUGUGGAAGGCAGAGCUCAGUGAAGGGGGGACUUGGGGAGUGGGAGUCAAGCUGCUCCCCAGGACGGCUCUCUCUGAAGACACAGCCCAAUGGGGCUGGAGCGACAGCACAGUGGGGAGGACGGGGAGGGCGUUUGCCUUGCACGCAGCCUACCCAGGUUCGAUUCCCAGCAUCCGUAUGGUCCCCUGAGCACCACCAGGGGUAAUUCCUGAGUGCAGAGCCAGGAGUAACACCUGAGCAUCGCUGGGUGUGACUCAAAAAGAAAACAAAAAAGACACGGGCCAAAAGACGGACCUCCUCAGGGAGUCUCUGGAAAGUUUUAUCCCUAGGAAGGGAGAAUUCAUGACACUUGAGAGGGUUUGCUGAACACCUGCUUGGGGGGAAAGGGUAGAGGGGUGGGGGUGGGGGUGGGGCUAAAUUCUGAUCCCAGGAGCUCACCUCUUGCUGGGCAAAUGGCUCACACCGCCCACAGGCAGUGUGGGUGAUGCUGGCACCGUGGCGGGUGUGCUGAGGGCCUUAGGCUUAUGCCUGUCACCUCUCUGUGGCUGGAGCUCAAGGACCUGCAGCUGGGGUAACCGGGAAGGCUUCCUGGAGGAAGAUGACUUGACCUGGCGUUCCACAGUCCUAGUCUCUCCCCCUGGAAGGCACCUUCACCACUGUCUGUUCUAGAAGUUUGCAAAUGUCAUAGCCUCAGGACCUUUCUCCAAAGAAUUCUUGUGUGAAAACACAGUAUAUAAAACAGAUUAUUUUUUUUCAAAUGCACUUCCGAGGAUGGGUGCUGUGAGACCUGGGUCAGCUUCCCUUUCUACUACUGUCUUUCAGGGGCACUGGAACCCCCUCCAGUUCCAGGCAGCUCCAGAGAAUGUGGUUUGAAUGCCGUUUUAUAGACGGAUGUCACAGGAGGAAGGGAUUUUUCUAGAGCCAGACAGUCUGAGGCAGUCAGGGGGUUCGUCGGGGUACUUCGGUUCUUGUGUCUUUGGUUUCUUACGGUUCUCUUCAUGGUUGUUGGGGCCAUGCCCAGCAGUGCUCAGGGGGGGCCCCGGCCGUGUGUUAGUCCCUUGUAGAGCUCUACCUCCCACCCCUGGAUUCCUGCCCUGUGAGAGACACUAGCUAUGACAGGAAUGGGGGCUACCUCCACUCCUUCGCAGGAGAGGGGACUGAACCCUUCUCCACUCCCAACACAGGGCUGGGGAGGCGGCGACGGGGGUGUACCUUAGACCCACCCCCUGGGCAUCUGAUGGCAUUUCUCACCUCAUGCCCACAUGGAAUUCAUCGUAGGGCCUCUCAUCACAUCAGACUUUGCACCGUGCACUGCCUCCCUCUGCUGUCACACAGCCAAACUGACCAGGACGGUGAGCCAAGGGGAGGAGCAGGAGCCACAGUCUGUUCUCUCUCCCUGUUGGUUUUGGGGCCACCCCUGGCAGUGUGCUGCUACGGGCUGCUCGCUGCCCUGUGUUUCGGGGGUCCGGAGGGUCAGGUGGGGGGAUCAUGAGUGCUGGGACCUGAGCCGGACUUCCAACGUUCUGAGCAGGUGCCCCAGCCCGCCGAGCUCUCUCUUUGCCCCCAGGAGUCUGUUCGGGAAAUCCACCAUCUUUGUUGCUUCUCAGCAAAUCCCUGAGUGGCCCUUGGGCCCAGGGUAUGAAAGGGCAGUGUGAACCUGGACCAAAAGGAGCCUGGCACCCCUUCUUGCUUGUCAUCGGAGGGACAUGGUAAGCCUUGGGUUUGAACUGGCUGCCACAGCAGGCGCAUGCUCUGCCGUCCUGUGCUAUUCCUGGGGCCCAUACUGAGUCUGGAGCUGGAGCUGCAGACACUGCCAGGAGCCGAGCCCUGAAAUGUUACAGAAUGGAGGGUCGCCGGGGCGGCAGCAGGGAUUUGGAUGCAGCUGAGGCACCACUUGGAGAUUUCGGAGGCUCACCUAACUCUGCAGAGGAGCCAGAGCCGCUGAAGUACUUGGAUUUGUUCUUGUUUCUGCUGGACUCGGGACCGGAAGCCCAGUGGUCCGCUAAAGCAUCAUCCUGCCACCCCUGGGGACCCAGACCAACUGUGGAUGAUCCCCGUGGGGCUGCCACGCAUCUGGGCUAAGAGCCCCAAGUGUGGAAAGGAGCAUCUACAGCAUUUUCAAUGUCCUUUGCAUUCAGCAGGUUUAUUCCUAGUUAGUAUUAUGGGUGGUUGCAGUUGGUAACUAGACACAUGUGGGGGGAGCCUCAGAAGCAUGUGUGAGGUAGGCAGGGGAAAUGGGCCAAAACAUUCAUGUUUGCUCUAGAGAGCCAAACGAGGCUGUGUUUUCACGGAGGCGCAUUGAAAGAACCACACGAACACUCCUUCGAGGCUGGAGGGCGAGUCCCUGUCGAUGCCACAGGCCUUGAACUCACACCCAGAGAGUGAUGGCUGUGUGUGUUGUGUGUCUCUCGGUGUAACUUGCUGUAGUUUGUGACUAGGGAGAACCCCAUCCUUUGUGGCACUUCGGGGACUUUUAGGGUGACCGCGUUGGAUAGAGGUUGGCGUGCCUGGCGGAGUUUUCUGUUUCACGGCACAUGGCAUAUGGCACACUGGGAUGGUCAUGCACAGUUGAGACUCAUCCUACAGGAGAUUCACGAGCCAAAGUCUUACCCCUCCUGCUCAUUCCUUUCUUCUCCAAGUGCAUGAAACAUACAGAGCAGGGGGGCCGGUGAGGGGUAUCAGGGACGGCAAAGCAUUGGUGAACCAUCGAGCUGUCUGGACAGUGUCUCAUCUUUUCCUCACUGGCGAUCUUAUCUCAGUCUUUGUUAGUGUAUGUGGGCAAUGGCUGGUGCCCCAUGCCCACAUCCAGAUCCCACUGACCUGGAGAAGAGGAAGAACAUUUCUCGGGGUGCCAUGAUAUGGAGGUGUGUCUGCUUAAGAGAAGAAAGUGUGGGCUGGAGAGAUCGUACAUCAGGGAGGACGCCUGCUGUGCAUGUGGCUCACCCAGGUUCAAUCCCCAGCAUCCCAUAUGGUCCCCUGAGCACCUCCAGGAGUGAUUCCUGAGCGCAGAGCCAGGAGUAAGCUGGGAGAGGUCCAAAAAACCAAAAGGAAAAAAAUAAAAGGAGAAAUCAUAAGCCAGUUCACAUAGGGAAGAUGAGAAAGUCACUCUAUGCUGUGUUAAUGUCUGGUUGUCCAAAGCCAUUCCUCUGAGAAACCCCAGAAGGACCUUUAUAAACAUAAUUAUUGUAAAUC